UCGUUCAGUUGGGCUGCAAGCUGAUUGAGUCCUACAUGUCAGGGACAUCCCAUAGCCCCAUUCCCUGGUUGCGAUAAGUGUUAUAAGCCCUUUUUCUGUUUAUCUAAGAUACAGGGGACUAAGCAGAUGGUCUUCUCUUCUUUUAUCUUUUUCUUUUUUUUUUUUUUGGUUAAAGGGCAAGGUGGUGGUUAACACUUUGUGUCAGGAAGAAACUAUAUCCAGCUGCCCCUUCUAAUGUAUGUGUGAUAUAUUUUCUCGUGGCCGUGAAAAGAUCGUAUUGGAUGCAGUUCAGGCUCAAAUCAAGAAGUUCUCUUUAACAUGAUGCUUUAACAGGAUAGGAGAUCAUAUCCCAUUUUUGGCUUUAUAGUCCUCUGUAAUGUUUCUUGAUGGGUCUUGAUCCCGAAUUCAUUUGGAUUUCGUAAAUUCCAACUCUUAGUCACAACUUAUUUAAUCUUUAUGAGUUUUACCUGCAACACAUCACAUGUAUUGUGGACAUAAAGAUCCUCAGAUAUUGAAACGAAGCAAUGAAGAUCUGUGCUUGGUGAAAUUAUCACUUAUUAUUAUGUUAGCAGUAAUUGCUAGUUAAAUUUCUUCAAGCUGGCGGUUCCACUUCAGAUAUUAUUUUGGAGCCAUGACAAAAUGUUACGUGCUGGCAUAGUAUGAGCAGUCUUUCUUGCAUGCUUAAUUUGUUCUUGCGGUUAGCAUUAAUUACUCUCUUGGUUGUCGACAAAGCAAUAUAUAUUUUACUGUUGCUUCUAUUUUAUUUUAAACCUAAUCUGCUGCAGGUGCUGGAGAAUUUUCGAGGUAAUGUACAGACUAGGCUAAGAAAAUUGAAUGAGGGGGUCGUCCAAGCAACAUUACUGGCAUUAGCAGGGUUGAAGAGGUUAAACAUGACAGAAAAUGUUGCAUCUGUGCUUUCCAUUGAUGACAUGCUUCCUGCUGUAGCUCAAGGGGCUAUAGGAAUUUCAUGUAGAAGUGAUGAUGAAAAGAUGGAUAUGCUCAUCGGGAUGAGGAUGGAAAUUGCAUUUUUAAAGCAUUGGUGGCAUCCCCUGAUGGAUCCCAAGUACUUGAAACUUCUCGAAGAGGGCCAUAUGCUUUUGUUGAUAUGAUAAAGAUGAGCGUAGAUGCUGGCGAGGAACUCCUCUCCCGAGCAGGUCCAGGUUUCUUCAACCGGUAAGUCAUUUAGUGAUAAACAAAGGGAGCAAUAUGAGCACAUCAUUUGACCUCUUGAGGUUAGCAGCUAGGCUAAUGUUGUAAUUUCUUUUCGAGAUAAAUUUUUUCUUAAGUUGUAUAUCUCCUGGUAAAAGUAUCAGAGCACUCCUAAACUUAUAGGACCGGCUUCUUGGCAGCACAUGUAAAAUCUAGAAAAAACGUUCCACUAAAUUUGGUAAAAGAGCUUUGUAUUUAUAUUGGGUGGAGGAGCGCUUGCAUCCAAGUUGCCCGCCUCCAUCUUUUUAGAGAACUGGGAUCUUUAAUCCCAUCCCAGAAUAUACUUGAAUUCGUCUGGGUUGUUUUGUGAAUUGCGACUAGUUAGGCUGUGUAAUAUACUUAUUAGAUAUACAUCUACAUUUGAUAGAGUUUUGUAGUCAAAGAUCUGGUUGCAAGGACUCCUCUUGGAUGAACUUCGUCUAAUACAGUGUUUGUAGUCUCCCAGAUUUAUGUGGGAUCAGGAUUCAUCUUGUACACACCUAUAAAUAGGUGCUCCAAUGGAUACAAGAAAACACAAUUCAUACUACAUACAUUCUCAUAGAAGCUCCCCCAUAAUACUUUCUCUAUUCUCUCUUGGAACAUUACCAAAGUCUCCAAGGAUCUAAGGCGUGUGAAUUUGGAUGGAUAGUCUAGUAACAAUCCACGAGGGCGAGAAGAGGGUGUUGGUCUAAGAGAUAACAAAGGACAUGCUUGUAGAUCCAAGGGCUCACUUUGAAUCUCGUAAUCAAGUCGUAGAAAUCUGGUAUUCCUUGACUUAUCUCGCUGUAGGUUCCAAAACCAAAUUACUGAUACCCUUUAACGUGUAAUGUGUAUCAAUAAUUAUGUGAUACCUUAUAUGAUCUUUAAUUUCCAACAGUCGAAACACCGAACGUAUAACUGCUUAUAAUUUUGGGUUGCCUCGUACACUCAAAUUCAAAGAGACAUUUUAAUUUCUAGCUUUGGACAACAGAUGUAGCGGCAUUAUGCAAGUGCUUCCACAUUAUUUGGGAAUGCAUCAUGUUCUCCAAGACUCUAGGCAAUGUUUGGAUUCAUGUUUUGCAUUUUUCGAG